UAAAACCAUUACAGCGUUUCGUAACAGCCAAGUUAAUGCCUAGGGUAUUACAAAAGCUGAAGUCAUUAUAUAAUGGGGAGUUGUAAUAGUAGUGGCAUGGCACAUUCAAAAGUAGACAAAAUGAUAAAUAAUUAUGCACGCAUGUUUCAUAACGCAACAAUAAUAUUUGUGCUUGGUAACCUCACAGCAUUUGCUGCUGGUAAAUAUUGCCCUGGAGAAGUAGUUGUAAACAACAAGACAGUUAUCAUAGCUGACAUUCAAGACAAGGAUGAAAUGUAUUCUUCACUGCUUUACCAUUGUCCAUUGUCCAGUGACCCAGAAUACUAUACUGAAUGCUGUAAAACUGAAGAUCAUAUUUGUUGCCCACGGGUCUUGCAUUUUUAUGAAUUUCAAACCUGGUUAGCCAUGGUGAUAGCCCUAACAGUUACACUGUCAUGUGUAACCUUGACAAUUAUUACUGUUGUCUGCUGUUUCUGGUCUCGUUGCAGCCUACAUAGUCUCUGUGUAAAAGAGUACACCUCAGUCAUCCCCAUGACAAUUUUAAAAGGUGAGGGCCAUUCCAAUUCCACCAGCAAAAAGUCCAAAAAAGCUAACACUGUCCAAGUUUUUCCAACUGUUGUUCAGAGUAACAGUACUAGGCCACUGGAAGAUGCAGAAGCAGUUUAAAAGUUUUCCCUUUCUUCUGGUGAAUUGGCUCCAUUUUAAUUUUUAAGGCCACUUUACCAAUCUACUUGGAUCACAUGAUCAGACUGAUUGUGAGGAUUAUGCCUUUCAUUGCUGAUCACAUGAUGUGGGAGAAAGAUUUAUUGUUUAUUUAUUUUUUAGUUUCAGAAUGCACUAACAUAGGCAUUGAAAAAAAAAUCAAAGAUGCAUGAUUCUAACCUUAAGUUAAAAAACCUUUGUGGCUGGAUUUCUGUUGUUUUAGUUGAUAUUUGAAAAAUGUUAGAUAAAUAAUCUAAGUUAGUUGUACAUAGUAAAUGCUUGUUUUUUCUAUACCUCACAAUACUGUAAUGACAUAACUCAUUGUUAAGAAUAGUCCAUUGUAUUUAUCCAGUAACCAUAAUUAGGUGUAACAUAGUUUACCUAAAUUGUUGUUUAGUUUGUAAUAAGCCAGAUUUUUGUUCUUCUACAUCUACCUCUUAAAACAUCGAUUGUGGUAUUAGAAGUAACUAGACUUAACUUUUAAUUCUGAAAACAAUAUGAUUGUUAUAUUACAUUACUAUUAAUUAAUUUCCUUUAUUAUUCCUGCUGCUUAAAUAUGAAGGUAUUUCUAGGUAGAAGAACUCCAAUUGUUCAUACUCUUAUGACUUAGAACAUAACAUCAGUGUUAGAUAGCACUUACAUAGUUCUCCCUUACUCGUACCUUUUAGAACAUUACAGUAAUGUUAGAUAUCACUAACCUAGUUCUACCUUACUCGUACCAUUUAGAACAUUACAUCAGUGUUAGAUAGCACUUACAUAGUUCUCCCUUACUCGUACCUUUUAGAACAUUACAGUAAUGUUAGAUAUCACUAACCUAGUUCUACCUUACUCUUACAUCUUGGCAGGGCUUGAUUUGUGUAAGUAGAGCUCAGUUUAACAGCCCCUCUGGUGGCCUCUGGAAGCUAUAGGGUUUGAGAUGCACUUUGAGCUAUUUACCAAUCAGAAUCACAAGUCUAAGUUGUAAUCUGGCAUAGUUGAAGUGAAAAGCUGAACUAAGUGAUUAUAUGGUGAUCGAGUAUGAUAGAAAAGAAGUGAUAAAUUUGGUUUCACCUCUAAGCUAAAUGAAAGAUAUCACAACAUUAUCUUGUACAAAGAUGGGGAUAAUUGGUUUUAUGAAGUUGUUACUGUGAUAGAAAAUUAAACCAUGUCUUAUACUUUAUAAACUGAAUUUUUGGGUAUGUAUACACUGUAUCUUGGAUAUGAUUAUAAAACAUACAUUUCCAAAGGCUUUUGACAUUCUAAAAUGGUUGCAAAAAAGUCAACAACAGCCUCAUUUCAAUUAUUUGAUGAUGUCACAAUGUAUGUUGACACACAAAAGAAGAAGAAUAUUUUUCAAAGUAAGCCUACGAUGAAGUAGGUCUGUAUAAAUGAUAUGAAUUGGUAAGAUUAUGAUAACUUAUUUUUUAAAUUUACAUAUGUCCUUGGACAUUCUAUAACAAGAAUGUUUUCAUAAAAUUUUUUAAUAAUGGGAACAUUUUCACAACAAUUUCUUACAACAGGAACUGCACUCCAGUUUGCUCCCCCUCAACUCAAGCCCUGCAUCGUAGAACAAUACUUCAAUGGUAGAUAGCACUCACUAGUUCUACCUUACUCUUACAUCUUAGAACUUUUUUGUCGAUGGUAGAUAGCACUAACUAGUUCUACCUUACUCUUACAUCUUAGAACUUUUUUGUCGAUGGUAGAUAG